AUGUCUGUUAUACCAAAAACUCCUUCAAAUUUAAUGUCUAAGAUAACUGAAGCAACAAAAGCUAUAACACUCAAUGCUUCAGAUAUAGACAUAAAAAGUGCAGAACUUAUCAUUGGCAAUGACACAGUUGCACCAAUAGGUAUUACUUAUUCCAACCAAAAUGAGACGGCUUCCUUGUAUUUUGCGAAGGAAUUACCAGUAGGAGAUUCUGCCCUUUUGACAAUGAAGUUUUCUGGUGAAUUGAAUGAUAAAAUGAAAGGUUUCUAUCGCAGUAAAUAUUUCACGCAAUCUGGUGAAGAGCGUUACGCAGGCGUAACACAAUUUGAAGCCACCGAUGCACGCCGUUGUUUCCCAUGCUGGGACGAACCUGCUAUUAAAGCUACAUUUGAUAUAACAUUAGUUGUACCAGCAGAUCGUGUGGCAUUAUCUAAUAUGCCCGUCAUAGAGGAAACAACAUCUUCAGAUGGCUUGCGUCGCUUACGUUUUGAUCGUACGCCUAUUAUGUCAACUUAUUUGGUAGCUGUAGUUGUCGGUGAAUAUGAUUAUGUAGAGGGGAAAUCUGAGGAUGGAGUUAUUGUACGCGUUUUUACACCAGUCGGCAAAAAGGAACAAGGAUUGUUCGCUUUGGAAGUUGCAACCAAAGUUUUACCUUAUUAUAAGAGUUAUUUUAAUAUCGCUUAUCCAUUACCAAAGAUGGACCUCAUUGCAAUUGCAGAUUUUUCUGCAGGAGCCAUGGAAAAUUGGGGUUUAGUCACUUAUCGCGAAACAUUUGUACUUGUAGAUCCAAAGAAUACUUCACUUAUACGUAAACAGUCAAUAGCUUUAACUGUAGGACAUGAAAUUGCACACCAAUGGUUUGGUAACUUAGUUACAAUGGAAUGGUGGACUCAUUUAUGGUUAAAUGAAGGUUAUGCUUCAUUUGUAGAAUUUCUAUGCGUGAAUCAUCUCUUUCCGGAAUAUGAUAUAUGGACGCAGUUCGUAACGGAUAUGCAUACGCGUGCUUUGGAAUUAGAUUGUCUUAAAAAUUCACAUCCUAUUGAAGUUCCAGUUGGGCAUCCAAGUGAAAUUGACGAAAUUUUUGAUGAAAUAAGUUAUAACAAGGGUGCUUCAGUUAUACGUAUGCUGCACGAUUAUAUCGGAGAAAGCGAUUUUCGUAAAGGAAUGAAUAUUUAUCUAACUCGUCAUCAGUAUAAAAAUACCUGUACUGAAGAUUUAUGGGCAGCUUUACAAGAAGCUAGUUCUGUACCGGUAGCAGAAGUAAUGUCAACAUGGAGUAAGUUACAAGGUUUUCCAGUAGUUAGUGUCGAUGCGAUACAAAAAGAUGAUAAUAAAAUGGUAUUGAAGUUAUCGCAAAGUAAAUUCACUGCUGAUGGCAGUAAACCAGUUGAAGAUUACACAUGGGUUAUACCAAUUACUGUCUCUACAUCAAAACAUCCUGAUAAAAUUGCUAAGACUUUCUUGUUGAACAAAAAAGAAAUGGAAGUUGUAUUAGAUGAUGUGGGUCCAAAUGACUGGAUAAAAAUUAAUCCCGGUACUGUGGGUUAUUACCGUACGCGCUAUUCUAAAGAGAUGCUUGAAAAAUUAAUACCUGCUGUAAGUAAUAUGGAGUUACCACCGUUAGAUCGUUUAGGUUUAAUAGAUGAUAUGUUUGCUAUGUGUCAAGCUGGGCAAACUAGUACAGCUGAAGUACUGAAACUAAUCGAUUCUUAUCGUAAUGAAACAAAUUAUACAGUAUGGACUGCAAUUACAAACUCACUUUCAAAUCUGUACAUUUUAAUUUCACAUACUGAACUUAUGGAUUAUUUCAAUAUAUACGGUGAGAAACUAUAUCGGCCUGUUGCAGAUCGUUUAGGUUGGGAGGCACGUGAGGGUGAAAGUCACUUGGAUACGCUUUUAAGAAGUCUUGUGUUAUCGCGAUUAGUUUCAUUCCGUUGUAAGGAUGUUAUUAAUGAAGCUAAAAAACGAUUCCGUAACCAUAUUGAUGGCACCGCUUCUAUUCCUGCCGAUUUACGUUCAACUUGUUAUAAAGCUAUACUUCAGAAUGGAGAUGAGUCUAAUUUUAACGAAAUGUUGAAAUUAUAUCGCUCAACUGAUUUGCAUGAGGAACAAGAUAGAAUAUCGCGUGCCUUAGGUUCAAUGUCAGAUGUUGUACUUUUGCGUAAAGUUAUUGAUUUCGCUAUGUCGAGUGAAGUUCGUGCUCAGGACUCUGUAUUUGUUAUUGUUGCUGUGGCGGUAAAUCCAAAAGGACGAGAUAUGGCUUGGCAAUUCUUUAAGGAUAAUAAUCAGAAAUUACUAGAGCAAUAUCAGGGUGGUUUUCUACUUGCACGCCUUAUUAAGUAUUUAAUAGAAAAUUUUGCAUCGGAAGAGAAAGCAAUCGAAGUUGAAAAAUUCUUCAAAACCAAACAAUUCUCAGGAACAGAACGUACCGUCUCGCAAGCCGUGGAAACUAUUCGUCUAAAUGCAGCAUGGCUACAAAGGGAUCUAGAUUCAUUGACUGCUUAUCUCACAAAGCAGUAACCAGUGACCAGCGACCAGUUUAAUAUUUAUAUAAGAGAGAAACUUUACUUACACCAAAGUUUGGAACAUGAAAUACAAAUGAAAUCCUGCAUAAAUUUCUUAGGGCCUUAAUGUUAGGUGCACCAGAUUAUAAUAUAACUACCACGGACCAGUGAAAUUUUUACACAUAUUUUGUAUAAGCGCAAAUUAUUGUUUUAUAUAUUUUGUGCUUGUUUGCUUGUUUGAUAGCUUUAAUAUUUCUUAUAAAAGUGUGUCUUGCAUUAGUGGCUUUGACAAUUUGCCUUUACAUAUUUUUCUUAAAAUUUAUUAUUUAGUUUGCCAUGUUAAAGUAUCGUUAAAAUAUUUUAAAGACUUAUAAAAUAAUAGCCUCGUUAAGAUUUGUUGCAAUUGUAUCCAUUGCAUUUACAUAUAAAUAAUAAAUAUCAUUAAAACUAUAAUAGCAUUUAAAAGAUUCACAAAAAUAUACAUAAAUAAUCAUGUAUAGGUUCAUUAUAUAAAAAUUCAUUAUAUACAUAAUUUAUGUAUACAAAAAAGGAACUUAAUAAAUAAAUCGUUAAAUGG